GGCGGGCGGGCGUGAUGACGUCACGCGCACGGGCCGAACGUGACACGUCAGCGCUGCCGCUGGAGCCGGAUGUUGCAAGAUGGCGGCGGCGGCGGCGGCUGUGGCGACCGAAGGACCCGGCGGCGCCGGCGGCGCGUGCUGAGGGAGCCGCCUCAGCUUGUGCCUAUGAAGGCAAGCCAGCUCCGCUGCAUCUGCUGUUCCUCUUCAGGUGGCAAGUGACUUGGCUCCACUUUUAUCAUGCAGCCCCCUCCUCAGACAGCCCCCCCAGGGGUCGGAGGCCCUCCUCCUCUUGCUCCCUCCUGGAACAUGCAUUGGCGAAAUGGCCUCUACGGCAGGCGGGCCAACGCCCCCACCUCCGCCGCCACCGCAGCGGCUGGACCUGUGCAACCUGUGACAGACCCCUUUGCCUUUGGCAAACAAGGCCCCCGGGGCUCCCCACUGAGCAGCGCCCCCCAAGGAGACCCAGCACCUGCCAAAGGCUCUUCUUCAUCGGCUUUCCCUCCGUCGGCUGCUCCCCUUCACCUGUCCUCUGAGGACCUUCCUCACACAGUGACUCCGUCGUUAACAUCUGUCUCAGCCUCCCAGUCAGGGACCGGCGGCUCAAUUCCCACGUCCACAGCCUCCAUGUCGACCUUCCCCCAAAGGGUCACCAACAACACCGAAAUGCAUCAAAGCGUAGAGCACGGCCCACCACGCCACACGGUGGACCAGCCUCAGCCCGUGAGGAUUGCCCCGGAAAAUCCUCUUUCGGCUUCCGUCCCGGGCAGGCCGUCGAGUGGGCCUGAUGUGAGUAGGAAUCCAGGCAACCCCGCUGCGGUCCCAUCACCAUCGCCGGCCUUCUCGCUCCUCCAGCAGACGGUGCCUCAGUGGAUGCCUCCCCAAAGUUCUGCUUAUUUGCCUUACCCAGAGCCCCUGUCCCAAAAUGCCUUUGGGAGUGCUGCGCAUUCCAGCAUCUCUGUUUCCCAUCCGGGCUCCCAGCUGGAUCGCCACCCAACUCCCCCUCAGCAACCUGGGCUCCCCGGUGUCCCCCAGGCGCCCUUCACGCUUGCCGAGGCCUCCGGCGUGACUCUGCCCCCCAGUAGCGCUUGGCAGGGCCCCCGGGGCACCAACGCUUGGGCCAGCCAGCUGCCCCAAGAACACUUUUACUUGCAGCCCCUGGAAGCGACUUAUCCUUCGGGCCACCCGACUUCUCAGGAAAACAUCGGCCACGCCCAGGGGGUCUGUGAGGCAGGAAGUCGGCCGUGCCCGGACGAGGCAUAUUCAGGGACGAUCUCCAUGUUCUUCAAGGGGGACGAGACUGAGAACGAGGAGAUCCUUUCCUCGGAGAACAGCGCCCACGCUGCCCGAGCGGACGCGGAUGCCUUCCACCAGACGAUGGGUCACACGUAUUACCAGCCCUUGCACGACCACCAAGGGCCACCGGCUCAUUUUUCCCCAGCCCAGGCUAAUGCAGCGACGGCGGCAGAGGCAGCCCCCAAGGAGGUGGACGCCCCACGUUUCCCUAGAGUGGCGGUCGCUCAGCAGGCCAGUGAGAAGGCGCCCUUUCUUGGAGAGGACAGAGCCAGCCUCGUUCAGCAAGCAGGAAGCUGCCCUGCCAGCGGCCUGUACGAAAGCGUGGAAAACCAGGAGUGCGUUCAGAACCAGGAAGUCUUGCCGAGGGAGCCUCCGUCGCAGAACCGUUCCUCCCCGGCGGCAGCCUCGGAUUCCAGCCGGUACGCCUCUCUGGCCCCACUGCUUCCCAAGAACCACGCCGGGGGGAGCCAUCUGGAAGGAGGACCCAACCUGGAGGCCCCCAGCGGGUUCCCACGGCCCGUCCGGCCUGACAGCGUCUCUUCUAACUAUAGCAACUUGAGCCCCAGGAGCGCGGCUGGCCCGGCCCGGCCUCAAGAGCUGGGGACGUUCAUUCAGCAGGAAAGCGGGAAGCCCGAGCAGGAGGCUUCCCGCUGCUUUUUUAAGCAGAUUGACUCCUCUCCGCUAGGAGCAGACGUGGGGGCGCAGGAGCCUGGCAAGAAUUACCGCAGCCCCCCCUCCCAGGCGCCGACGCCUAGCCCCCCCAAACCCAUGGGAGUGUUUCAGACCAGUGUCAACAGCUGCUUUGAGCCGGUGAGGUCCCACAGCCUGGGCACGAAGCCCCCCGAGACCGAUCCGGCAAAGGUGGCGGCCGAGCUGAGAGAGGACCGUCCCAGCCAAAGGGCUGCCCAGAGAAGCGCUGUGGUUUCCGUGGCCUCCCCAGGGAAUCUGGAGCAGCCUCCCGACAAUCUGGAGACCCUCUUCCUGCCCCCCGCCCACUCCUUGCCCCUCUCCCUUGUGGGCAGGAGUGGGAGCCCCCGGCAGCCGGCCAAUGGGGCCGGGGUGGAGAAGAGAGCCACCACUAGAGCUCAGGGACUGGGGAAGAAGUGCGAGAGUCCAGCCACCACCCUUUGGGCGCACAACGAACUGCCCAGUUUUGGGGGCAACGUGCUCCUUGCCCCUGCCGCCCCUGCGGUGUAUGUCCCGGCGAAGCCAUCCCCGCGGGUGGUUCAGCCCCCGGAGGGAGCGUUGCCGGGGUCCCGCGCCGGAAGCCUCCCGUCUGAGAACUUGGAAAACCCUCCCCAGUUGGGGGACGACGAGGCCAUUUCCUCUCAGGGGAGUCUGGGUUACGCCAGCCUCCUCUCCUCCCCCCCGACGGAGGCGCUUCAGAACCAGCCGGUCCUGCUUGCCCCGCCGAGUCAGAUUGGCAGCCUGGCCCCGCCCGCCGGUUCCUCUCUUUCGCUUCAGCUGGGCCAGCCCGAAAACAAGCCCUUAGCCAAGGCCCCGGGGACGAGCGGCUGCAGCUCAUCUGCGGAGAAGCUGCCUGGGGGCCCAGUUCACUCAAAUGCUAGUUUCUUCCACAGCCCACUUGGCACAGCUGAAACUGCUGCCCCCAAACCGCUGGUUCAGUCUGGGUCUCAAGCCCCCCUUAACUUAGCUAGGGACGGCCCCCAACCCCCCGCCACAGAAGGGCUGCCUUUGGAGAGUGCUGGCCAGCCGGCUGCCAGUGUUCCUGUCUCCCACGCCGCUGGCCUGGCUCCACUCGGGGGGCCCAGCAGUAGCCUGCUUGGCUGGGCUCAGAACGCCUCCAAUUGCCCAGAGCUUUCCAGAGUGCUGGAUCUGGCCGGAGCAAGGCCUCAGGAGCAGAGCAGGGCCGGGGCUGGCCCUCAAGGCCUCGGCCAGCCACUUUGGGGCAACCAGGGCUUUCCUCUGGCGCCCGGACCGGCUGGCCCUGGUGAGGCCCAGGCUCGAGGCCUGCAGCAGUUCUACCAACAGGUCACCAAGGACUCGGGGCCCAUGGUGCCCUCGGAGCGAGGCAUGACCAUGGAGCAGGGCCCGGCAGCUUCUCGGCACCCUUCCCUUUCCCCCAACCUCCAGAUGCCUCCGGGAAACCGUGCUCGGGGGCCGAGUCCGAGGCCUUGCUCUGGCGCUCUCUUGCAAGGCAGUUCAGCCCUACCUCCGCCCAGCCAUCCUCAGCCCAGCACCGACUUCAGGCAGGAUCCCCGCCUCCCCCCCGGUGUUGGGCCUCCUCCUGGAUCGACGGCCACAAGCGGCCCCCCACCCGCUCGCCCCCCCUCACGCCAUGAGGAGCAGUACCCUCCUUCGCAGAACCCCCAGAAUGCCUACGGCCUGCCCCCCAACUCUUCCUACUACUACUACCGGCAGCCAUACGACGGCUACUCCUACGCCUCCGUGGAUCCGAGGGCUGCUCACCUCAACUACCAGGACGCUUACGGCCAGUACAGCGCUGCCUACACCCAGUACGACCAGGCGGCUGCCUAUCGAGGCUGGUACUCUGAACCUGAGCGCCCCAGUUCGAGAGCCAGCCACACUUCGGAGAGGCCGCGCUCCCGACAAGAUUAUCCCGAUGAUUAUUACACCACCAAAAGUGGAUGGAAUGGCUACUAUGGAGACUAUUACUCAAAUCUGUAUGAUAACGGAGAUCGUUACCCUUCAAAUUAUGACGCCAGGUUCCCAGAUCCUCGGUUUUAUGACCAGAGGUAUUGGUACAACGCGGAUCACAACCUUUACCCAAAGAAGGAACCCUCUCAACGUGGAAGCAGUCAUGAGCGGUAUGAAGACCACUGGCGAUAUGACCCUCGGUUUGUGAGCAGCUUCGAUGACGACCUGGAGCCGCGCAGGGAUCCGUACGGGGAUGACAGUGACUGGCGCAGUGUCCAUAGUGAGCAUUCAGGACACAGCCUGCACAGCUCCCGCAGCCGCCAAAGCAGCUUCAGCUCCCGUUCCCAGCAAAGCCAGCGGUAUCGAAGCAAUCAUGACCUGAGCGUGAACGCCUACGAGGGUGAUCCUCAGCCACCCUCACUCCAUGCAGACUAUUCCUCUGGGGGAUACUUCAUCAGCCAGCCACCUUUGAGCAACUACGAUCCCUUAGCCCAAAUGUCUUGGGCAGGGGUAGAGCAAGCCCCUUCCAGACCUUUGACCCCCGAGAAGUUCUCCGUGCCCCACGUGUGUGCGAAAUUUGGGCCUGGGGGUCAGCUGAUAAAAGUGCUCCCCAACCUUCCCUCCGAAGGGCAGCCGGCCUUGGUCGAGAUUCACAGCUUGGAGAUGGUCAUGCAACACUCGUCCGAGCAAGAGGAGAUGCGAGCUUUUCCUGGUCCUCUCACCAAAGAUGACACCCACAAAGUGGACGUUAUUAAUUUUGCCCAGAAUAAGGCCACCCGCUGCUCUCAGAACGAUGCCCUGAUUGACAAGGAAUCUGCUCGGCUUCUCUGGGACUUUGUCGUCCUCCUCUGCAGGCAAAAUGGGACCGUGGUGGGCACGGAUAUAGCUGAGCUGCUGCUCCAGGAUCACAAGACGGUGUGGCUGCCCGGGAAGUCGCCCAACGAGGCCAACCUGAUCGACUUCACCAGUGAGGCCGUAGAGCAGGUGGCUGAAGAGAGCGGGGAAGCUCAGCUGUCCUUCCUGACGGACAGCCUCCUCGCCACCAUCAACAGCCUGGAGAAGGAGACGGAGCGCUUCCGAGAGCUCCUGCUUUACGGACGCAAAAAGGAUGCUCUGGAAUCUGCCAUGAAACACGGGCUUUGGGGCCAUGCGUUGUUGCUUGCCAGUAAAAUGGACAGCAGGACACAUGCCAGAGUGAUGACCAGAUUCGCCAACAGCCUCCCAAUAAACGACCCGCUGCAGACCGUCUACCAGCUGAUGUCUGGGAGGAUGCCAGCAGCCUCGACAUGUUGUGGCGACGAGAAGUGGGGUGACUGGAGGCCUCACCUGGCUAUGGUCCUGUCCAACUUGACCAAUAACACAGACGUCGAGUCAAGGACGAUCGUCACCAUGGGGGACACGCUGGCUUCCAAAGGCCUCUUGGACGCUGCUCACUUCUGCUACCUGAUGGCCCAGGAGGACUUUGGCGUCUACACCAAGAAGACCUCCAAGCUGGUGUUGAUCGGUGUAAACCACAGCCUGCCUUUCCUGAGGUUUGCCAGCAACGAGGCGAUUCAGCGGACCGAGGCCUACGAGUACGCACAGUCCCUGGGGACUCAGCCCUGCCCUCUGCCCAACUUCCAGGUUUUCAAGUUCAUCUACGCCUGCCGGCUGGCCGAGAUGGGCCUCAUUGCACAAGCCUUUCACUACUGCGAAGUGAUUUCCAAAGCCAUCCUCACAAACCCCAGCUGCUCGUCACCGGUUCUCAUCAGCCAGGUGAUCCAGAUUUCUUCCCAACUGCGGCUUUUCGACCCUCAGCUGAAGGAGAAGCCCGAGCAGGAAUUAUUUAUUGAGCCCAGCUGGCUAAUUCAGCUCCGACACUUAGAUGGGCAGAUUAAGGAGGGCUGCUUCAGGUACAGCGUCGGGUGCUCCACCCCCCAGCAGUAUUCCUCCAGCACGCCCAGCUCAGAGCCGGACCACGCCAGUCAGAACGAAGGCCUGGGGGGCGGCCUAGACGUCAACUCCACCCACCCGCAGCUGGCCUCCCUGCUGCCCAACGUGGUCCAGCCCAGGCAGAGUGUCCACCUUCUGCCUUCAGCUCCUCCUACCAUCCUGGACGGCUCGGUGGCUCCGCCCCCACCUUCCCAACAGGAAACCGCCGGCGCUGUUCCUUAUCACCCUCCGACGCCCUCCUGUAUAGGCUCGUUCAGCCCCUAUGAAACCGAGCUGAACCCCAUGUACGGGGGGCCAGCAGGCCUACCUCCCCAAGGUCCUGAGCUGCAGCCCGGCGAGGGGACCCAGCACGAAGCAGUGGUGGCUGACUCUCCCGUUUGGAAGGCAGUUCCGAAGUCCAGAGACGAAGACUUCUAUGGGAAGAUGGCAAACAUGGGCCCAGGCCGACGAUCCCGAUCGACGUCCCAGUCUUCGACCCACAUGGGCCUGGGGCGGCGGUCUCGGACCACCUCGGAGUCCUCCGUGCAUUCCAUUGGACGGGAGAGGCACAAUUCGGCCGCCACGCAGCCGUCUCCGCCCCCGCCCUCCAUCCCGGAGAGGAAGAAGAGCCCCAAAGAAGCCAAGAAGGAGCUGGCACCUCAAAAAAGCGGUGGCAACUGGCUUAGUUGGCUAAUGGGGAAAAACAAAAACGAAGCUCAUCUGCCCGAGGAUAAGAACAAGUCGAUUGUUUGGGAUGAGAAGAAACAGCGGUGGAUCAACCUGGAUGAACCCGAAGAGGAAACCAAACCCCCUCCGCCUCCCCCCACCGGAUUUCCUCAGGCGGUUGUUCCCUCUGGACUACCAGGACCGCCCAACGCUUCCGUCAACAUGUUCUCCAGGAGAGCAGCAGGAAGUAAAGCUCGCUACGUGGACAUUCUGAACCCCAGCAAAGCCAAGUCCCCCGUUGCUGCUCCAGCUCCAGCUGACCUAUUCGCUCCCUUGGCCCCGUUGCCCAUCCCUGCCAACGUGUUCGUACCCAACUCAGUUCCUGAAGAGCAGACGCUGCUGGAGGGCGGAGUUGCUCAAGAUCAGGUGGCACCCGGGAACGACACCAACCCUGAGUCAAUUGGAGAAGUUCCAUACUUACAUUCUGCUGCGUUUCCACCUGGGCCUGAGCUUUCUGCACCGAAUCCGGGGGACGCCCAGUCUGGAGAGCUUUCGCGCUCUAGUUCAAUGAGUUCAUUAUCCCGUGAAGUCAGCCAGCAUUUAAAUCAGGCACCUUCUGCAGAUCACCCAAGUGGUGCUGUCCAGUUCUACAAUCCAUCUCAGUUUUCCCAGUCUGCCGCAGCUCCAGCUAGCUCACGACCUGGCAGAUUUGGACAGAGGAAAUACCCCACCUUAAAAUAGCAUCCAUUCGGUCUCUCGGCUUGGGCCAUCGCACAAGGGUCCCCAAAGAUGCCAUGGGGUGCCAGCGCCGUUUCUCAAAUUGAGAAUCAAUCUGGGUUGCUCCCUCACGGAGACUGUGGCCGACACGUUGAUUACCAAAUGCUCCUUGUUACGUAAAAGCUGGCGGAGAUCAAACCUCAGAGGGACCGGAGAGAUCAACCCACCGGAAUGCAGUUGAGGCUGCCUCAACCAGAAGGCCUGGGGGGGGUUCCCCCUUUCCUCCCUGGUUUUUGCUGACACCCAGCUGCUCCAUCCAUGACAGACUUCUCCCGUGUGACAUCUUUUAACGUGACAGUUUGUGGCCUUACAGGGACUGGGGCACAGCUUUUAUGCACAUAAACCCCCCCACUUGGGUUUAUUACUCCUCUGGAACAUGGGCAGAAUUGGUGGGGAUUUCCUUUUCCUGUCGACCUUCCCUCUCUCCCAACGUUUGGGGAGGGGACUGUAGCUGAUCCAAAUAAGCAGACAAAUGUACAUUGAAUAGGGGGAAACAAAAACUGUGACUUCUAAUCUAAGAUUUAAUUGGAAGUGGGUUUUCUUUAGCGUGUAUGUAGUUGGCGUCUUAGGCUCCUUGUCAGACGAACUGUAGAGUCAGAAGCAGACGCUCUUUGUUGUAGCGUUUCGCGUUGUUCCCCUUCUGAUAACUCCUCUUGAAGUGCAAUAUGGCUCCUUUCCGAAACUCAGACCCCUCAAAAUAACACCCUAACAGCUCAAAAGGGCUUGGCAUUUUAUUUUUUAAAUGUAGUGUGGAAGCUUUCGUUCUUCCGUCUCUAGACUUUCCCCAUUUCCCACUGGCCGAGCUCAUAAAUACCUGGUCGCCCCCUUUUUAUUUAACUAAUUAAAUUAGCAAGCCCCUCUAACAGAGACAUCAAAUCGGUCUCAAGUGGGGUUGCAGGAAAUCUUCAGAGCUGUCAUAGGUUGUGCUAACAUCCAUGGAAGCCUGAACAAGAAGGAACUAAUAGUUGGUGCAGUAAAGACCAAUACAGAGGGUAUUUUUUAAUGUUGAUGCUCAGCUCUGUGGUUUAAUCCUGCAAUCUGGGUUCUGGAGAACCUCGAACACAUUUCCAAGGAUUGUGGUGGGCGAAGAGUUGUAGAAAAGGCAGAGCUUGUCUCAACAGCCUGCUGGCUUCUUUUCCAGUCAUCUCGAACGCCUGGUUUUUAUCCCUUUCGACCUCUGUCUCUCUUGAGUUUCUCUCUGUCGGUGACCACCAAGUGUUUUUCACUUCCAGCUGUCCCUCCACCCAGAGACCCACUCUCUGUCCUAAAUAUUAGAAACACACUGUACAUUCUUAAAUAAAAUAUUUUGCGCCUCUGGAGCACUUUUCACACUUAA